AUGGCUGGAAAGAAUGAUGGUGCGAUUGCUGCUACCUUGGAAGCGAUGGCUCAGACUAUGCAGAAUCAGCCUAACGCUGGUGCGCGUGAUGAAUCCCAUAGUUUGGAGCCUUUUCAGAGGGAGGAUCCUCCUACCUUCAAGGGCAAUGUAGUCGAAGCUGAUGACCGGUGGCUAGAGACUUGUCAGAGGUUGGAUGUUGUAGGUGAAGUUAUCACUUGGGCUGUAUUCAUUAGGGAUUUUAUGAGGAAGUACUACCCUGAGGAUGUCCGCGGGAAGAAGGAGAUUGAAUUCCUUGAACUGAAGCAUGGAAACUUGUCUGUUACGGAUUAUGCGGCGAAGUUCGUGGAAGUGGCAAAGUUCUAUCCUCACUAUAACGAGGCAACUGUUGAGUUUUCAAAGUGCAUCAAAUUUGAGAGCGGGUUGCACCCAGAGAUUAAGAAGGCAAUCAAAUACCAAAAGAUUCAUAACUUUCCGGAUUUGAUAGAUAGUUGCGGAAUUUAUGAAGAGGAUGAUAAUGCUCAUUAUAAGAUUAUAAGUGAGAAGAGAGGUAAACACCAACAAAACCGUGUGAAAAAGUUGGGUCUUGUAUUGUCUUCCAUGAAUGGAGAGAUGGUAUGA